AUGGCAGAAUCAUCAUUCACCACCGCCUUAAAAUACAAGGUAUUCGAUUUAAUAUUACUCCUGCUUUUGUCAGACCUGGCUUUCGGAAAAAUUCGCUACUCCAUUCGCGAGGAAAUGGAACCUGGCGCUUUUGUUGGAAAUGUCGCGGAAGAUUUGGGAUUGAACGUCCGUAGGUUGUCAGGUCGACAAUUCCGACUGGCGUCUGCUGAUAAAAGGCAGUAUCUGAAGGUGAAUAUAGAGACGGGUGCUUUAUUUACGAAGGAAAGGAUAGAUCGAGAGAAACUGUGUGGACAGAUGUCAGUUUGUGUUCUCCCUUUCGAGAUUGUUGUAGAACAACCUUUGGAGAUGUUCCGCGGGGAAGUGGAGAUUGUUGAUAUUAACGAUAACGCGCCCAGUUUCCUGGAGAGUACCAUACUUUCACAAAUGGCGGAAUCCAUAACAACAGGCUCCCGAUUUCCGCUAGAGAGCGCUCUCGAUCCAGACGUGGGAAUGAAUACCGUCAUGACUUACAGCCUCAGCCCAAAUGCGCACUUCAGUCUACAAAUGGAGACCUCCGAAGAUGGUGCAAAAAUUGUCGACCUGUUGUUGGAGAAACCGUUGGAUCGCGAACGUCAAUCAUCUUUUCAACUGGUGCUGACAGCCACCGACGGAGGGACUCCUCCCAGAUCCGGGACCGCUCGUAUUCUCAUUACAGUGCUGGACAGCAAUGAUAAUGCGCCUGUAUUCGAUCUCAAAGUUUAUAAGGUCGACCUGGUAGAGAACUCACCCAGGGGCACCUUGGUGGCUACAGUCCAUGCCACUGAUGCAGACGAAGGCUCGAAUGCUGAGGUAACCUAUACUUUCGGUAACCGUGUUUCACAGAGUGUACAGGAAUUGUUCAGCUUGGAUCCUCGAACGGGAGAGAUUAGAAUCCAAGGCGCAAUUGAUUAUGAAGAAGAUGACACGUAUUCACUGGAGCUUCAAGCUCUGGACAAUGGUUCACCUGUAAUUUCAGGGCAUUGUAAAGUCGUGAUUAGGGUAAUUGAUGUGAAUGAUAAUGCCCCUGAAAUUUUACUGACGUCUGUGGUUAGCAUGGUUCCAGAAAGUGCUCCUGUUGGGACUGUAACAGCUUUGAUCAGCAUAAUAGAUCGUGAUAGUGGAACAAACGGACAGGUGCACUGUAAAGUCCCGAUGAACGUCCCUUUUAAACUUCAAAUCUCUUCAAGUACCCAUUAUAAAUUGAUAACCACAGCGCCACUGGAUCGUGAAGCUACUCCUGGAUAUAAUGUAUCCAUUUUAGCCUGGGACUCGGGGAGGCCCCCUUCGUCAUCAAAUAAAACUGUCCAGAUUUCGGUUCUUGACGAAAAUGAUAACGCUCCAAUGUUUGAGCGACGCACGUACACGGUGUAUGUGACAGAGAACAACUUUCUGGGUACUUCUAUUUUCACUGUGACUGCGUCCGACCCUGAUCUGGAUCAGAAUUCCAAUGUCUUUUAUUCUUCCAAAGAGACCUUUCGAGAUUCGCCGGUGGCCACCUACCUUAAAGUCAAUUCUAUGAACGGGACCAUUUACGCACAGCGCUCAUUUGACUAUGAACAGUUGAAGAGCUUCCAGGUCCAAGUUCAAGCCCGUGAUGCUGGAGUUCCUCCACUGAGCAGCAGCGCAACUAUCAAUGUAAUUAUCCUGGAUCAAAAUGACAACGCUCCAAUCAUUGUUUCACCAUCAGCACAGAGCGGAUCCGAAGCGGAGGUGAUCGUGCCUCAAUCAGCGAGCCAAGGUUACUUGGUCACCAAAAUAAUCGCAACUGAUGCCGAUUCCGGUCAGAACGCACGGCUAUUUUACCAGGCGGUGAAAGCCACAGUUCCCAGUUUAUUCAGUGUGGGGCUUAACACUGGCGAAAUCAGAACAACCCGAGCCAUUUUGGAGCACGAUGCCUCCACACAAUCUCUGGUCAUCAUGGUGAGGGAUAAUGGGCAGCCCACCCUCUCUAGCACCCUUACAAUCGUCUUGUUACUUUUUGGCAAUAUUACUGAAAGAUCUUCAGAUCAGAGCAAUCUGGUCAGGGAAACUGAACAACAUUCUCAGUUAAAUCUUUAUUUGAUCAUCACUUUGGGGUCAACAUCUUUUUUAUUCCUUGUAAUUAUCAUUUUCCUUUUUGGCAUCAAGUGCAAACAAGACAGGAGAUUUCCUCAAGACAACUCCACAAUUUGUUGUUGUAAACCAGAAGAUUCCAUUGAUGGAUUUAGUCAAAGACCAGAGCCGAAAGCUUCUACAAAUUACUGCGGGCAAACUCUGCCCGUUUCUGACACUUAUCAUUAUACUGUCUGUUUGUCACCAGAAUCAUCCAAGAGCGAUUUUUUGUUCCUAAAGCCUUGCAAUCCUACCUUGCCACAGGGUUAUCGUUAA